AUGAACAAUUCUUUCGUCACUAUUUGGAAUUUGAUCUUUAUCCUCUUCAUUUUUCAAGGGUUUCACGCUUCAAGAGUGUUUCAUUUACAACAUGUUUUUUAUGAAAAUAUGGUUUAUCGUGGAAGAUUAUUCGGAAAAUUCCUUCACAUAACUGAUCUUCAUGUUGAUCCAUAUUACCUUGAAUCAAGCGAUCCAACAUCGUUUUGUCAUCGCUAUUCACCGAAUUCAGUACUAAACAUUGCCGGAAAAUUCGGUUUAUUAUCGUCACCAUGUGAUUCACCUUAUCCUUUGACGAAUUCUACUUUUGAAUUUAUGCGGUCGAACUUCAAAGAUAUAGACUUUGUCGUAUUUACCGGUGAUUCUGUUAGGCAUGAUAAAGAUAAAUCAUUUAAGCGAACCGAAGAACAAGUUUUGGAUGGUCAUAGAAGACAUUAUAUCUUUAUAUUGGUUAACGCUCUUCUCUUUUGUAAGAUGCCAUCGCUCGGAAAUAAUGACGAAUUCGAACACAAUCGAUUAUCUGAAGGUCCAAACGAUUUAUUUAGCAAUUUAACUCAAAUAUGGGCACCUUUGAAACUGAACUUAACUUCUGACUUUCUGAAUGGAGGAUACUAUCGUCAAGAUAUUCAUAGCAAAUUCUCUAUACUUAAUCUCAAUUCCAUGUAUUUUUACAAAAAGAAUAAAUUACUACGUGAUUGUGAUAUAAUGGAUAGUGGCGGUGCAUUACAACUGAAAUGGUUAGAACGUGAAUUAAAAAAUGCGCGUGAUGAAAGACGAAAGAUUUAUAUUUCACAACAUGUUCCUCCGCUGGAAGAUACUAAUGAGAUAUUAUAUUCACCAGCAUGCUUUAAUGCAUACGUGCAGUUAAUUGGCAAAUAUUCGGAUGUUAUCUGUGGUCAUUUCACAGGACACACAGAUAAAGAUAGUCUAGCAUUCGUUACCGCCAAUGAAAACGAAGAUACAUAUUCGAUAUCUGCCCUGAACGACACACACAUUCUAUCUACAAUUGCCACAAACAAUAUCGUAUUGGCUUUAACAAAUGCUCCAUCAUUAAAACCAACUCAUAAUCCAGCAAUAAGACAAUACGAGUAUUCAACAAGAUAUUGGGAUUUUGGUUCAUUAAAAGAUUACAAACAAUACUUUGUAAAUCUAACGGAAGCAAAUGAGAUUGGUGAGGCUAUAUGGAGAGUUGAAUAUAUAGCUAGUAAGACUUAUGGGAUGAAUUCUUUGGGUGCAAAAGAUUGGGCCAGGGUUUUGAAAGAUUUUCAAUCACCUGAUAGUGAUACUUGGAAGUUAUAUGUUAAACAUAUGACAGUUAGUGGUCCUUAA